AGAAAGAAAAGAUUAAAGGUUUAUUACAAAUGAUCAAAUCUCAUCACACCUGCACUAAUCUCUCUCCCUGCAUUUGAUCGGAAACCCUUUUCAUAGCUCAGAUGACGUUCUCGCUGACAAGACUCGUGGUUACGUUUCUGGUUCUGGUGCUCUUUCUGGAUCUGUGCGUAGAAACCGGAUUCUCUCACUCAACCCCGGCGCGUGAAGACCACUUGCAUCAUCACGGAGGUGGGUGUAGUGGUCAUUCUCACGAUCACGAUCACGAUCAUCAUCAUCAUCAUGAGGAGGUGAAGAAGAUGAAGUUGCCGGAGGAGCUGGCUGAGGAAGAGGAUAUGAGGUUGUGCGGGUUUGGUCCCUGUCUUCAUCACGACCAUGCUCACGACCACCAAUCCAGUUCUGCUCUUUCUGGGUUUGCAUUGUGGGUUAAUGCAUUGGGAUGCUCUCUUUUGGUUAGCUUGGCGUCACUCAUUUGUCUGAUACUGCUCCCAGUUAUGUUUGUUCAAGGGAAGCCAGCAAAGUGGUUUGUUGAUGCCUUGGCUCUGUUUGGGGCAGGAGCUAUGCUGGGGGAUGCUUUUCUUCACCAAUUGCCCCAUGCUUUUGGUGGUGGUCACGCUCACUCAUCUGAUCACCAUGAAAGCCAUGCCCAUCAUGAUCAUGAUCAUUCUCAUUCGGGUUCACCUUCACACUCACAUUCUAUACAAGAUCUGUCUGUGGGAUUGUCGGUUCUCGCUGGUAUCGUGGUCUUCCUUCUUGUGGAAAAGUUGGUGCGGUACGUCGAAGAAAACUCGUCAGGAUCCAGUACUUGGGGCCACCACCAGCACCACCACCAUGCAGGCAGUAAGAAACUGAAGGAUGAGGACGGUCCUAAAAAUGCAACUGAAAACUCAUCAGAGAAAGUCUCUAGUGGCUCUAAGGAUAAGUCUCUCCGUAAGAGAAAGACGUCUGCUAUUGAUGCUGUUGAUAAAGCAGAUUCAGGCGCAGAAGAAGUCACUUCCGAUGGAGAACUGGAGAAAACCAAACAGGUGGAGAAGAAUUCAAGCUUAGUAUUUGGUUACCUCAACUUGUUCUCUGAUGGUGUUCACAAUUUUACUGAUGGAAUGGCGUUAGGAAGUGCGUUUCUCAUCUACGGAUCAGUUGGUGGAUGGUCAAGAACCAUGUUCUUGCUUGCUCACGAGCUUCCGCAAGAGAUAGGUGAUUUUGGGAUUCUAGUGAGGUCAGGCUUCACUGUAUCAAAAGCACUCGUCUUCAACUUCCUCUCUGCUCUUGUCGCACUUGCAGGAACUGCUCUGGUUUUGGUGUGGGGAAAUGAACCGGGACAGUCAUCGUUGAUUGAGGGAUUUACAGCGGGAGGAUUCAUAUACAUAGCGGUUGCUGGUGUUCUUGCGGAGAUGAACAACUCUGGAAAAUCAACACUUCAGAACAGUGUGUGCCAUUUGAUAUCGUUGAUGCUUGGCAUGGGUGUUGCUCUUGGCAUCUCUCUUCUUGAAUGAUCUCUUCAUAACAAUUGAUCUGUAACCGGAUAUAGAAAUGUCCCAAACUAGGGGUUACAGGAAUGAUUUAUCUUCUACACUUUUGGCAAAUUUGCGUCUAAGUUUUGCUUAUAAAGAACUAGUUUGUAGUGUUACAAAAAAAAAGAACUACAGUUUGCUUCCUUCA